AUGAAAGCUCAAAUUUCGCUUUCUACUUCGAUCUUGAAAGGAUAAGAAGCUAGUCGGUCUUGGUUUUCUAGAAAGCUUUAUAUGGAAUAGAGAGAUUUUAUUGAAGAAUGUACCGCUGAGACGCGAUGACAAGUAUUGUCAUUGAACUGGUCACGAGGUUUAUUGGCUAAACAUAAACACUGUAUUACAGAUUCAAGAUUACCAGUUAAGACUUAAGCUAAGAGACUGAACAAAUGGAUCUAAACGGCAGCAACAACAACGCACAACAAUGUCUACUAGUCAAUGCAAGGAGAGAAUCAGAUGUUGAACACAGCGGUGAUCACCAGUUCUCGACUUUGGCAGAUCAACUUGGGAUUGAGGAAGUCGAUGCGAUUCAUAAUUUCUCAAAUAGUCGUAGUUCUGGAAGUGCAUCAAUUAGAAAUAAGUAUGAUCCACCAACCGUUGUUUUGACUCAGGAGCAAGUAGAAACGCUGAUCGGAACGUUACAAGAAACUGGGAAUGCCUUAAAACAGCUGACGUAUGUUGGUAGAGAAUUGAAACCAAGGAGAAGGCCAAGAGUUCCUCGCUGGAUUGUAUCUAAUCUUCUUAUUAUUACAACAGUUUGGCAGGUUCUUGGAGUAGUUGCCCUUACUCUAUUACACCUUUUAACACAACAUAAGAGAAAAGAAAAGUCAACCUUUAUCUGGACUGUUGCUAUUUUGGUUGUGGUUCAAGCAUUUAAUCUUUUCUUAGUGUUUAUAACCUCAGUAAAGCUCACCAAGCAGUUCAUGCAUCAUACAUUGACAAAGUCAUUUCUGGGGCAGUCAUUUCUUUCAUUGACACUCUUGUUUGCUGGUCUGUACACACUGGUCUACAACAUUGAGCAUGAUUCAUUUGAUGGACCUCAUUCCUCUAAUGACAUCUCUUCUUCAAGCUUGGUGUUUGCAAACAUGCUAUAUUUCUCUAUAUCGACAGCUACACUCUGUGGUGCUGGCCAUAUUGUUCCUGCAACAUGGUAUGCACAACUUUUAUCAAGUAUACAGAUGUUGAUGAGUUACGUGUAUUUUGCAUCAGUACUCUCGAUUGUGGUUCAUCCGCCCAAGAAUAUCAACUUCAAAGUACAAAAGAGCAAAGUUCAUCCUUUUAAAACAUAUGGGACAGUACGAAGUGUAUGACACUAAACAAUGCAAGCACAAGAGUUAUUGAAAAAUACAACUAAAUAUAUGGCCAAGCACUUCAGAAGAAAUAAAAAAAAGAAGUAACAUUUAUAAUGGGAAGUUUGUACUGUAUAGUGCACUGAAAAGAUUAGGCUAAAAAAGAUAGAAUUUUUAGCAAAUAGAAACUGACAUUAAUAAAAUGAAAUGAUAUUAAUAAACACAAUAUUUUUAUACAUAAACAUUGCAGUUACAGCCGUAAAUUAGGCGCGCAGUUGGUUGAGCUGUAAGUCCGAGAAGGAAGUUUUUGUGCGCAAUACCUCCACAAAACAUUUGAUAUUGUGUGUUUUCAGAAUGUCUGUAAUUGCAGUAAAUUAAUGAAUUACAGCAGUGAUGCGUUUUCGUACCGUUUUUAUAUUGUUCGUCCUCAAGAAAAACAGCCUCCAAAACGUACUGUAUUAGUACGUUUCUCAAUGUACGUACGUCAUA